AAAGGAAGGCGAGCUCAACAUCGUCUUCGGAGACAGAAACUACCGAGAGUGACACUUCUACCUCUGAGUCUGAGGCUCAAGAAGACUCGGAGGAUUCGGGAAUUAAACACCCCGGCAAAAAGGGGAAAAAAAUGGACUCAAGAAAAAGAAAGCAGAGGGAAGAGGAGUCGGAUUCUGAUUCAGAAUCUGAAUCUGAACCAAGUGACGAGAGCGAAGAAUCAUUGCCUGCGGAGAAGGAGAAGAAAAAGAAAGAAACAAAAACAACUCCAAAAGAAACACCACAAAAAAAGAAAAAAGUAGUUGUGGAGGAUUCACCUCCUGAAGAAGAUCAAUACUUUGACGGUGAGACAUAUGAAAUAUCGAGUGACGAACUCGAUGAAUGGCUAGGGGAAAACGUUCGUAAAUCUGCUGCAGAGGGGGACAACCAGCCUGACCUGGGAUCGACAGAAGAUCGCUAUGUGUCCUCUGAAACACUACCGGCUGUCAACUUGGGAAGUGAUGAUACUUCCUCUCAAAGACGCACAGAACAGAGUAGUGUAACCCUGUCGUCUCAGAGCAUGUUGACUCCGGACGAUUCGAAUAUGAUGGUUGUUAGGGAACAAACGCCGUCGGAAGCGCUUGCAAUAGUCCCGAUCCAAUUUUUUGUGCCGCCAUCCCAGCAAACAACCACUGACGCAGAUUCCGAACCAACCCCUAUGCUACAGAUUGAAGGGGCUAGAGAAACCACUCCUGAAACCCCCAAACAACAUCAAGAAACAACACCCAAGCUUCCCCCAGCUCCAACAAAAAUUCAUCCAGACGCCGAGGACGCUGCUGCCCUGUUGAUGAUGGCACGGACAGCAAGCUAUGUUCCUAAAACAGAUCUGCCGAUGCCAUCAUUCAGCCUCGGGUUGACAGAUUCAAGCCAGGAGGGAGCGUCGACGCAGGAGACAAAAAGGGAAAAAUCUCCAGAAACUGCAACUAUACUGGAACAAUUGGACAGUUUGGUCCAAAAGUUAGCAAAGGGAAAAGACGAAAGUCCGCAAAUUCGGAGGGAGACUGGGGGAGAAAGUUCUGCUAAGUUUGAAACACCGGGGGGAACAAAUCAAAUUCCGGAUGAUAUGAAAGAAAAGUGCUACAUCUGA